AUGCGAGGUUGGAACAGAUACCUUAAUUUUGCCGUACGUACUGGACUGGUGUGCCGGGCGCCGUCCGCGUCGCAGUUGCGCGGCCGCCGGCUGGUGGAGGCGUGCUGCCACGAGCAGCAGCUGCCGUCGCGGUCGCGGCUGCCCGUCGCGGCCACCGCUAGCGCUGCCGUCGGCCGCUGCACCAGGCGCAUGCUGCGCCAGCUCUCCUGCCACGCCGGACUCGCUGUCACCAGCGAACAACUGGCCAGGUCUACCCAGUGUCGCCUCCAACGAUGGCUUUGUUCAUCAGCAGCAGCCUUGCCUCAUCCAGUACUGAGCCGCAAUCUGAUGACAUCCCCUCAGUCACCGUCAUCCUCCUCUGGACCUGGUAGUGGUGAUACAACUAUAGGACCUGGUGCUGGGAGUGGCCCCACCAAACAAUCACCGCCACAGCCACCACCUUCAACUACUGGACAAGGUUCUGGAAAGGGAAAGGAUGGUGGGCAGCUCACUUGCCCCAAGUGUGGAGAUCCUUGCACACAUGUCGAGACUUUUGUCUCCUCAACAAGAUUCGUGAAAUGUGAAAAAUGUCAUCACUUCUUUGUUAUUUUGUCAGAAGUAGAAUCAAAGAAAACUCUGAAGGAAAAUCGUGAAGAAUAUAAAAACGGAUUUUUCAGGAGACCGCCUCCCACACCAAAGAAGAUCUAUGACUAUCUCAACAAGCAUGUGGUAGGCCAAGAGGAUGCAAAGAAAGUUCUCUCUGUGGCUGUGUAUAACCACUACAAGAGGAUUUACAACAACAUACCUCUGACUCAGCAGGUGCAACAAAAUCAGCAACAGCAGCAGCAACAACAGCAGCAAGUGCCACAGCAGUCGUUCACACACAGAGAUUUAAUGCAUAUCUCUGGCAUUGGACACACCUCAUCAUUUGGUGUGGGCUUUCAGCAGCCAAUGUCUCCUGACCCUGUGUCUCGAAGACCCUCCUCAAUGGCUGUAGGAAGUGAGAUUCUAGAUUGCACCACUCAUGAAUUACGUCUGGAGAAAAGCAAUAUCUUAUUGUUAGGUCCUACUGGAUCAGGAAAGACUUUGUUGGCUCAGACAAUUGCCCAGUGUCUUGAUGUGCCAUUUGCUAUAUGUGACUGCACUACACUAACACAAGCGGGAUAUGUUGGUGAAGACAUUGAGAGUGUUAUUGCAAAACUUUUACAAGAUGCCAACUAUAGUAUUGAACAUGCUCAAAUGGGCAUUGUGUUUCUUGAUGAAGUGGAUAAGAUAGGGGCAGUUCCUGGAAUACAUCAGUUGAGAGAUGUUGGUGGAGAAGGUGUUCAGCAGGGAAUGCUCAAGAUACUGGAGGGAACCAUAGUAAAUGUCCCAGAGAGAAAUUCACCUCGUAAAUUACGUGGAGAAACUGUCCAGGUUGACACUACAAAUAUAUUGUUUAUAGCAUCAGGUGCCUAUAAUGGACUUGAUAGAAUUAUAAGUAGGAGAAAGAAUGAAAAGUACCUAGGUUUUGGAGCUCGCAGUUCAGAAUCACCAGGCCGAAGAGCAGCUACACUUGCUGAUCAGGCAAAUCAGAGCAGUGUGUCAUCAGUGGAGGAAGACAAUGCCGAAAAGGAUGCAUUCCUGAGACAAGUGGAAGCGCGAGAUCUCAUUGAAUUUGGCAUGAUUCCGGAAUUUGUUGGUCGGUUUCCUGUUCUUGUAGCAUUCCAUUCAUUGAAUCAGGAACUUCUUGUUCGCAUACUUACGGAACCAAAAAAUGCUAUGGUUCCCCAGUACCAAAUGUUAUUCAAUAUGGACAAAGUUGAUCUAACAUUCUCUCCAGAGGCUUUAAAAUCUAUUGCAAAACUAGCCAUGGAGAAGAAAACAGGAGCACGUGGCCUGCGGUGUAUAAUGGAAAAGUUGCUUCUCGACCCAAUGUUUGAAAUACCAGGUUCAGAUGUUCUCAGUGUGCACAUCACAGAGGACGCUGUCAUUGGAAAGGGUCAUCCCAUAUACAUUCGAGGCAAACCUGUUCAACAAGUGGAGGAAGACCAGUCAGUAGAACUAGAAGCACAUGCUGAGGCAAAGUAGUGACAUGUAAAACACUUAAGAUAAUUUUCCACACAGGACUAAAGUGGCAAUAGGCGGUUAAGUGAGGCAAAACAUUUAAUAUGAUCAUCUGUUUUCAUAGUGCUAAGAGGUUACAACUACAGUGUGCAAAAUUAUCAAGUUUUUAUUGAUGUCUCUGUAAAUAGUAUUGGAAAAUUGGUUGUUAUGUUUAUCGGAUUUUGCUCUUAGUGAUACCUGAAAGUCUGUUAGUUUGUUUGUUUUUUCUCCUUGUUUGUGGUUCCUAAGGUGUGAUUGUUAGUGAGGUUCUCAGACUCGAACAUGUUGACAGGAAAUCACAGUUUUUGUGUGGUCCCCAUGAACAUAACUAUUCUUGUAAUAAUAGUUGCUUCAAACUGUAUCUGUUGCUUGUAGCUUUCACAGACUACCUCCAUUUUAGUUGUUAGGAAUCAUAUGUACCGCUAGAGAAAAUUCUGUGAUAAACUGUGCUGAAUCAGUUGUGUGUGUACAUGGACACACUACAUUGUUCAGAUAAGUUUAUGUUCAUCCUUACAACUGUUUUUGGUGUGAGAGAUUUUGUGUCUGAGGUUGAGUCGUGAAAUGUGUUUGUAAGAGUAUUUUGCACAGAUUGUUUAGCAGUGAGUUUGUGAUCCAUAACCAUCAAACAUGGCUAUUGUUUCAGAGGAAGUUGAUGUGACUUCAGUUACAAUAGUGAUCAUGCAGGCAGUCAUUGAAAGCUCUGACAACAGCUUAAAUUUCAUUUAAAUUUUGUGUGUGUGUGUGUGUGUGUGUGUGUGUGUGUGUGUGUGUGUGUGUGUGUGUGUGUGUCUGUGUGUGUGUGUGUGUGUGUGAGUGUGAGUGUGAGUGUGAGAGAGAUGUCAUGUGGGUUUGGGAUAUAUUAACUUCUCAGAUAUGUGGUCCUUGUGGCUUGAAAUGUUUUUACUGAGUAUUACGACAAGAAACUGUUGACAAUAACAGAUAAUUUCAUAGUUUUGAGUCAUUUUAAAGGAAUGGUGCAUAUUUCUUCCUUUGGAAUGUGUGACAUCUCAGUUCUGAAGUGAAAAUGUGCUGUUGUUGCAAUAGCUUUUUCAUGUUGUUUUAAAGACAGAAGUGUACACAGACAGAAAAGAGAACUUUGCUCCCACUGUUGAGAAAUGAUGAACUUCAGAAGUUAUGUUAUUUUUGUAAUAAAACUGUUUACUAAAA